AUGUCCUUGUCGAUAGUUGGACCGAGCCUCGAUGGCGAGCCAAACCAAACAAUCGGGAACGCCGAGGCUAUGAAGCGACUGGCUGGCUACGUUACGUAUGGAUGGCCGGUUGCUUGUAUGCAAUUAAACGCAGGUGGAUUUGUGGUACUGUUAUUUGGGCCUGUGCAUCUCCUUAUACAUAUGAACAUGGCUGCGUUUCCUCCCAUUCGUCGGGACUCAGGGCUGCCACGCGAGGACCAUCGCAACUGCUGGAAACCUGACAGGGGACUGGGGCUGGCUAGUCAUCGACUCGUCGUCGUUUAA